ACCUCAUGAACACAUACAAUCAGAAAGUCCGAAAUCAACGGCCUAGAAGUUCAUACCUCAUACUAUUUAAUUCUUUAAACAUUAUCACUAUUCCAUUUCUCAACGCAACUUUUAGUUUAAGUGGAGGCGCAUGUAGCUUCAAUACGCCCCUAUGCCGCGAGUGAAUACAGUGCCUGUUGUAAGCAGGCUAUAACUGGUAGAACACCUCGCCGGCCGUGUCAGAUAGUAGCGUUUACUGAAUCCGAUAGCUAGCUUAUGGUGCGCACUUGUGACAAACCUCUUUCAGAUAAAUGCUGCAACUGAAAUGCGUUUGUACAUAGAUUAACGGAUUUUACCAGAUAGCGUUUUGUAAACGCGGAAAUGAAAUGGAAAUUCAAUAGGAAUUUUAAGCAUUCACAUUAUUCAACUAUCGAAUGGAAGCUGUAUCUUAUGUAAUUUAACAUGUUGAAUGUGGAUUAGUUUUAAGAAAAUACUAAUGCUGCUGAUACGUUUCAGCAUCUAGCUGACAAUAGUUUGGAUACAUAACGCUGGUUAAAGUAAGUGACCAGAAGGCAGCAAACUUCUAAAGUGAUCUUUGUGUUUAUUAAAUUAUCCAAAUACUAUUUCCGUUCGAUCUACUAAUAUAUCAUUUAAUUAUUUUGACAAGUGUAUUUCGAUAAAUUUAGAAACCAAUAACAACAAAUGUCAGUGGAGGGUAACCUAGACAGGGUUGGUCAUCGCAGUCCGAGAGCGAGGCCUGACACGCCCCCACGCCACGCCCACUCGAGUGGAAAGGAGGUCAACAUACUAGUGUUGGGUUACCGAGGAGUAGGCAAGACAGCCCUGACUGUUCGAUACCUGACAAAGCGAUUUAUCGGCGAUUAUAAUUCUGAAACAGAGAUGCUGUACAGCCACUCGACAUGCAUAGACGGCAAACAUCUGACUCUGAAUAUCAUAGACACUCUCGGACAGACGGCAGCAGACGACAUAAGUCCAAACCAAGUCCUAUGGGCAGACUGCGCCAUCAUAGUAUUUGCGAUCACAAUGGCCUCGAGCAUCCAAAUUGCAAGAACAUUGGUGGAACGCGUGCACACUAUGAGUACCAACCGGUCAAUUCCUGUAGCAUUAGUGGCCAACAAGUCGGACAUGAUUGAGAGAAAAACUGUGUCUGAUACUGAGAUCAGUAGACUUUGUGCCGAGUAUAAUUUGCUGUUCUUCGGAACAUCGGCGAGUGAAGGUCGGACCAGCAUGAAUCAAGUGUUUGUAACGUUAGCGCAGCAAGUGCGACAUAUAGUGAAGAAAAAAGAGGGACUGACUCGCUUUAUGCACAACCCAUCAGUGGCAGCCAAGUUACAGAUCCAACAGUCAUUCCGAAACCUCGCCCAGCGAGCAUGGAGAACUCGAACUUCUACCUUGCAAUGA